UUGGAUUCGCGUCGCCCUCUCUCUCUGUCUGUGAGGCUUCUUGUUUCCGCUGCCGUUCGCGAGAGCAAUAGCGAUAAGAGCAAACGGGAGUGGGAGGAUAAAAUAAACAAGAAAGAAGAGGAAAGGAACCCUCGGAAUCUGCGAUUCCUUGUUCUUUGGUAUCCCCGAAUCGAUGGAAGAUUUAAUUCGCUGAAGUCUGGAACAAUUAAUUGCUUGUCAAGUCAUCAAGUUUUCGAGUUUCCGUAUGUUAUAGCCUGGCAGCAAUUCUUAGCCACAAAUAAGCACAUAAGCAGGCUGUAAAAAGUUUUAGCAAAUGGAUCGCAAUGAUACAUCGGGUUUUGUUAGUGGAGGUUGCACUGGCCUUUCUUGAGUCUGAGCAUAUGACACAUCCUUGGAAGUUAGGCAACUGGUUCACUUGUAUGCAAAUUUUGCUAUAAUUCUAUUUUGCCAACAUCUUUAUGGAUAACAGGCAUGGUCAUUUCGGGCUCAGUUUAAACUUCUCGUCUAGAAAUGAUUUCAAGGAUUUGGCUCAAUAUCAUACUGACACCUCAUUAUGGAUUGGCUCUUCUCACUCUAGUUUGGAUGCUCUGAAAUUGAAAGGGACAAAGAGGAAGUUCUGUGAUGUAUAUGACAGUGGUAUUGAAGCUUCUUCACUGACACUUGGCUUAGGUCGGCCAGUAAGUUCUUCAGACAGCAGCAAGAAGAGCUCUGCAACAGCUUGUACCAUGUCUUCAGCCAGGGAAACAGAUGAAGGUUCAUCCAUGGAUCUUGGACUAAAUUUUGAUCUCAACCUAGGUAAUGAAAAUAUAGUUAGCUCAAAAAAACCUUAUCCUGAUGUUCCAAAGGCUAAAGUUGAUCUCCAGUUGAGUUUAUCAAUAGGUGGAUCCAACUCUAUUGUUACUAGUGUGACUCCAGUUUCAAAUGAUAACUAUAUUUUAGAAGGAUCAACUUCAUCUCUCCAGUGUGGUAGCAGACUAUUGCCAUAUUUAGGUAGCAACAGCAAACAUGAUAUUAUAUUCCCUGACAAAGCAUUCUCUAAUGCAUCUACUCAAGCUGGACCGUCAGAUGCCUCUUUAUCAGUAAUCAUCCAACCACAGAAAAGUUCAGAUGCCACUUCUAAGUUAACUCAAACUCAACAACGCUAUAUUAACACUAAAAAUUGUCAGUUUCUAGGAUGUUCUAAAGGAGCUAGAGGCGCUUCUGGUCUGUGCAUAGCCCAUGGUGGUGGCCGGAGGUGCCAAAAAGCUGGUUGUCAGAAGGGAGCUGAAGGAAGGACCAUCUUCUGCAAAGCUCAUGGUGGUGGUAAGCGAUGCCAACACCUUGGCUGCACCAAGAGUGCUGAAGGUCGCACGGACUAUUGCAUUGCCCAUGGUGGUGGCCGUCGUUGCAGCCAUGAAGGCUGCCCUAAAGCAGCUAGGGGUAAAUCUGGCCGAUGCAUAAGGCAUGGUGGUGGCAAGAGAUGUCAAAAGGAGUAUUGCACCAAGAGUGCAGAAGGUCAUUCUGGAUUAUGCAUCGCCCAUGGAGGUGGCCGGCGCUGCCAAUAUCCUGAAUGUACAAAGGGUGCCCAAGGUGGUACCCAUUUCUGCAAGGCACAUGGUGGAGGAAAAAGGUGCUCAUACUUGGGUUGCACAAAAGGAGCUGAAGGAAGCACACUAUUUUGUAAAGCACAUGGUGGAGGGAAACGCUGUGCUUUUCAAGGCGGUUGCACAAAGAGUGUGCAUGGUGGCACUCAGUUCUGUGUUGCUCAUGGUGGUGGAAAAAGAUGCGCUGUAUCAGAGUGCACUAAAAGUGCAAGAGGUAGGACAGAUUUCUGUGUUCGUCAUGGCGGUGGAAAGAGAUGCAAAGUUGAGGGUUGUGGAAAGAGCGCUCAGGGCAGCACUGAAUUCUGUAAAGCGCAUGGGGGUGGUAAGCGGUGUUCAUGGGGCCAACCUGAGUCAGGUCUUGGUAUUAGUAGCCCUCCCUGCGAGCGUUUGGCUAGAGGAAAGAGUGGCCUUUGCACUGCACACACUGCUCUGGUGGAUGAUCAAUGUGUUCAUGGGGAAGGUCAACUUCUGGCAUUUAGUUCGGAGAAUCAAGGAAUCACAAAACCUGAGAAGAUGAAAGAGAUUGUUGAUCUAGAUAGAUUUGUUGAAAAGGAAAAUGGAAAGAACCUUAUCCUCUCCUGGGGCCCAAACAAUGCCAAGGAGCAUGUGCAUAGUGUAACAUCUCUUAGUUCUAGGGUGGUUUCUCUUCCAGAAGGCAGGGUGCAUGGUGGCAGUCUUAUGGCUAUGCUUGCUAGCAAUUCAAGUAACGGUAGCACUUCUACAACUCCAGUUGAUUCCAGCAACUCCACACCGGGCAUACCAUACCUUGUGGCUAGUAAGUAGCUUUAAGAGCUAAAGUUUGGGUCUUUGAUGUUCUAUUAUCUGUGUGAAUGACCUCUCCAGUACAUUGUGGUAUUUGGAUUAGUGACCUAGUUAUUGCAAAGCCUGGUUCCUCAUCAACACUGGCAGAAAAGUUCCUGUAGCUUUAACUAGCCGUCUCAUAAACUGUGUAAAUUUAUCUGGAAUGUGAACUUUAGGGCAGGCAAAUGGAUGAUUAUAAUUCUGUCAACAUCGACCAGCUCUAUAGGUAAUCUCUCAUCAGUCCGUGUUCAAGUGUAAAUGUCAUUGUUUUCGUGAUGCUUAUUUAUUUCGGUUGUGAUGUAAAUAUAUUUAAUUUUCUAGAUGUAAAACCUGACAUGGUCUGGCUAUCACAUGUAAUCUGGUAUAAACAUGGUGUUUAUGGUUGCAAAACUUUGUGCUCACUUAUUCAUGGUUUAUCUGAGCUGUACUGUUCUACUUUU